AUGUCAUCUCACCCAGACUUCAAAUUGAACACCGGCGCACUCCUUCCAGCAGUGGGUUUCGGAACGUGGCAAGCCUCUGAGGAGGACACCUAUAAAGCAGUUCUGGCUGCUUUGGAAGCUGGCUACCGACACAUUGACACCGCUGCUAUAUAUCGCAACGAAGGUGCUGUCGGAAGGGCUAUCAAUGACUCUAAGGUUCCUCGUUCGGAGAUUUUUGUCACCACCAAACUAUGGUGUACACAGCACACUACCCCGGAGAAGGCUUUGGACCAAUCACUAAGCCGCCUCGGGUUGGAGUACGUCGAUCUAUACCUAAUCCACUGGCCCGUUAUGCUGAGAACAGAGCAUGCAGUAGACGGUAAUCUGUUGAUAAUUCCCGUGAGGCCCGAUGGGAGCCGCGAUGUGGACGUUGAAAACUGGAAUUUCGUCAAGACCUGGGAGUUGAUGCAGGAGCUGCCCCAAACGGGGAAAACGAAGGCCAUCGGUGUCUCGAAUUUCUCCAUCAACAACCUGAAAGAAAUUUUGAGGCCCGAACUGGGCCUUGCCGUGCCUUCUGUCAACCAAAUCGAAAUCCACCCACAGCUUCCUCAGGAAGAGUUAAUCAAAUUCUGCGCUUCAGAAGGUAUAGUGGUGGAAGCUUACUCUCCUUUGGGGUCUACAGGCUCUCCGCUGUUAACUGAUCCAGAGAUUUCUGCAGUGGCCGAGAAAUAUCAAGUACAGCCAGCACAGGUGUUGAUCAACUGGGGAGUUUCUAGAGGCUACGUUGUUUUGCCUAAGUCUGUCACGCCAACAAGAAUCGAAUCAAACUUCAAGCAUGUCAAUUUGACUCCAGAAGAUGUUGAAAAGGUCUCUCGUAUUAUCGACAGAAUAGGAGGCAAGAGGUACGUUGAUCCCAACUGGAAGCCCUUUGAGGCUUUUGUGUAG